AUGCUACUAACGAAGUCUCUCGCUAUUCUUUCCACUUUUACUCUCUGCAUUGGUGUCACGCACCACAAUGAGACGGGAUACCACAGUGCUGGUACUGCGACCCCAUCAACGAUAUUAUCAGCACACAACGCCACCGAUGCAGAGACGCACACGCUGACAACUACAGAAGAAAGUACAGUUUAUAACACAGUGUGGUACACCUCGUUACAGUCACCAAUAGUGUCGGUACACACCUCUGAAUCCACGACAACACACAAGGAUACUAGCACAACGUACACAUCCACGAUAACACGGCUUCUGACAGUAACACAGACGAUGAAGAGACAAAAUGUUGCGACCUUCGAAGACACGCAAGGUCCCGUGAAGAUAGAGACAGCUACACAAUGCCCAGGUGCAACUGAGACACAAUAUGUUACUGUCACUGGUGAAGUUACAUACGUAACCACGACGAAACAACCAGGGACGCACUAUGUGACAGUCACUGCAGGGGUGGCACAAGAGGGGAAUAAAUGGGCUAAUGGAACCGUCGCAACCGCCCGGUGA